AUGGAUCGUCGCAAGGGGCCCGCUACUGCCGCGCUUGGCAGCAGCGGCAGCGGCGGCGACGAGCAGCCCGGGCAGAGUGUACAGCAGCAGCAGCCGCGGGAUGCGGCGGGGAGGGAGGGCGCCGAGGAACCCGGCGGCGCCGGGCCCGAGCGGCAGCUGUUCUACCACGUGAAAAUGAACGAAAUAACGAACGCGCUGCUGGUGCCGGCUGAGAUGCUGUCUGCGAAGCUGCAGCCGAGGACGUCCCUCGCUGCCGCGGAGGGAUAUGCAGCCUCGCAAUUGGGCCGCGAGGAGGAGGGCGACCACAGCAGCGUCAGCAGCAGAAGCACCGGCAACGGAAAGUUGUGUGAGGCGAUGCCCGCCAGCUUCUCGGCGCGGCCCAACCGGGGCUGCAACACGCUCAAGGCGUCUCUGCUGCAGUCCCCAGAGAACACGUAUUACGUGGAGGACACCCUUGUGAUUGGUUCCAUGGGCAGGCGAGGUGGUUUAGUUGAGCGCGGCAACUCCGCUGCCAACGAGCAGCAGCGACAAGGCAGCCUAACAUCCCCUGCGCGGGAGCCUGCUUCCAGUCCUCCGAUACCCAUUAAAGGCCUACCGCUUCCCGUGGUGCGCUCCCCCUUGUCAUCGUCGUGGGGGCAGGGGAGCGAAGUGCCGUGCGGCUCCUCCCUGCGGGGGGUGACGUUUCAUGUGCAACGACCGUCCCGAGUCGAGCGCGGCGUUGAUAACUCCUCGGGGGACAGCGUGAGGCUUGAGGAGCCGCUGCUCGCGGAGGAAGUGAGUGCUGGAAAGAAGUCCACCGUGAAGAAGAAGCGGGUUCACUUUCCUGAUAAUGUGAUCAAGUCCGUGUCGGUUGUCCAGGCAGACGAUCAGCUACGGCUGCUUGUUGAGUACAACCGCCCGUGGUACGCCCACCUCGUACUGGUGGUGGCGAGCGCCUUCUUUGUCCUGCAUUGGGGCUUCAUCGCGUUAGUCACGAAGCCGUCGCCGCCCUCAGAGCGCAUGGCCGCCUGCGCCGUCGUCUCAUUUGUGGCGUUUGGCUUUGCCUCGGUUUACCUGUUGGCCUUUUUGGCGCUGACGUGGCGACCCGACAGGGAUGAGUUGGAGUUUUUGAUUGAUUUUUCAAGAAAUCGCCCGGUGAUUUACGUACUGCUCGCCGGCGUUGCCUCGCAGCUCUCCCUCGUCGCCGCAUUUAUGUUCUGCGGCAGCAUUGGAAGCCUCGUCUGCUUCUGCUGCAUCCCGCUCGUCCUGACGUUCCUGUACGAGGAGUACAAGCAGCACGCCGUGUCUGUGCUCGACGGCAUCGGGUGCAUCCUCGUCGUCGGGUCCAUCGUUGUCUUCUGCGUCGGCAUUGAGCUCGAGAACGAGACGGAAAUGUACGAGCGCAUCGUGCCGGUUUGCAUCGCACUCGUGGGCGGUGCGGCCAUGGCGUUUUUCCUGUUUCAGGUGCGCACCGUGAGCCGCUCCGUGAGCAACUUGCUCGUCAUGUCGUCCACCAUCACCCUGGCGACGCUGCUGCUCCUCCUCGUCGUGUACGUCACGAGCGCCUUCACCGCCCGCAUCGGCGCCUCCCACCAGACGCUGACGCAGAUCUCCUCCGCGGACUUCCUCAACAUCAUCCUCGGCGCCCUCUUCCUCUUCCUCUCGUGGUUCACGUACCACUGGAGCUCCCUCUUCUUUGACCGCAUGACCCUCUCCGGCAGCUUCUCCCUCGGCGGCCCCAUGUCGCUGCUCGUCUUCCACCUCCUCUCGCUGCCGACGGCGUCGCUGCCGUACGAGGUCGCCGGCGGCGUCGCCAUGGUGAUUGGCUGCGCGCUGGUGCUCUACUCCGGCUACCGCUUCCGGCAGAACGUGGAGGUGCGGAUCGAGCUCGAGCGUGAGUAG